AUGAGAAUCAAUAAGAAUUCGGAGGCGACCGGCCGAUUGCGGGACGGGCGGGACGGACGGGCGGGCGGGCGCGGGAACUUGGCAUCGUAUUCUCGCGCGUGUACACUGAGUCUCUACACAUGCCUCUGGAUGGCAUGGCAUAGCAUGAGUUGCACUGAGCAUGAUCACCGCCUCCGAGAUGGACGGCAGAAUGAUAGACGGACUCAAUCUCGUGAGCGCACUCGAGUCAACGCAGCGCAGCCUGCAUGCGCUGCAUGCACCUCUGGAGCCCAUAGCCUAUACCACUCACUACUGAUAAUGCAUAGCUCUCAAAGGUUACACAGACCCGCCGAACGCAGCGCGAGUAGCAACUUGCGACUGUACGCAUUUCACCACCAAAUGACAGCGCACCAAAUGCGAAACGCCUUUUCGUUGCCAGACUCGCAGUCGUCCGCACAGAGCAAUACCACAAGCCACGACCGAGGCGUCUCCGAUCGCGACUCCGACGAGGAUGAAGAAGACGAAGUCGUCUCCUCGCCCGAUGCCGACCACGACACCGAGGAAGAAUUUGCGCGCAAGAGGAGACGCCGCGAAGAGAUUGAUGCACGCGUCAGAGCUCAACAGCAGGAAAGGGAGAAUCGCCGAAUACAAAGAGCGCAGGCAAGGCGGGAAUGGCGUGAGGAGCGCCGACGACGAGCUCAGCUUCGCAUUUCUGGCCUGAAGUUCCAGUACGAAGAAAGAUCUGGAAUUGGCAGCGGGCAUACACGCAAUGCGAUACUUCCGUUGUCAACGGCAACACUCCAGGUGCAAACCCGGAUCAGCCUUCGUCGUGCGGUGCUCGAGUUGGAGACAAUUCGUCAGACGAGAAGCUGGACGAUAUCGCACAAUUUGUAUGAGCGGUCGAUACAGAUACUUGCAUUACCCCCACCCUUUGAGAGAAAAGUCGCCGCCUGUGGCACGGAAUGGACGGCAUCACGAAAGCAACAGGAACAGCACAAGAUAGCAGCUCGUUGUUUGGCGCGAUAUUACUGCAAAACUUUACAUGAAUCCGAGAAGCUCAUGCAUUACUCGAACAGCAUCCUUCAAGAACGUCUUCCCCAGCAGAACCGGGUGAAUACCGAACCAGACAUAUCGACACUGAGACGCCCAGCAAAGGCAGAAUCAUGCAGCACAUCGCCACCCCAUGUGGAGCUCGGCGUCACAGCCGUGCCCGUAACCAGAUCCAACCUUUUCCCUCCACCCAUCUACUAUCACCGUCAUAAGCGCUAUGCCCAUCCCCAUGGCCGUUUCCUUCGCCAGACGACUUCUGGGCUUCUGAGCCAUCUAAGAAUCCUUGCUCGCGAGCGAUCGCGUUAUCAUUCUCUGCCGGCUCGUUGGUUGACCUUUCCCACUUGCGGUCCCUCUUGUCAGAUUCCUGCUAUUCAGGCCGCGAAUCGGGGAUCGUUCGACCACCCACGAACUACGAGGAACGUAAUCCGCUCACCAAAUGUUGUCAAGAAGGAUCCCGCUAUGGCUAUCAACAAUCUGCUCUUCAUUAUCCCGGUCUUCCGCGUCGAUACAUGCACCAACUCAAGCCGCUACCACCUUUACGACUUUCACCUCUCUACCCGAGGCAUUGCUGCGGAGCCAUUCUGCACAAUAGUGGCGCAAAGGCAUGAAAAGCAGCGCUCCAGUGAGGUGCUCUCAUCACUCCCGCAAAAAGGUGUCGUGGUGACAGCCCGACCUCUCGGCUUCGCCUUGUUGCAGUGUUUCGAUUUGCUUCCAAGACGCCGUGGAAGUGAUUUGAUAUCGUCAUCGAAGGGAAAUCGAAGACCUGCCUUCAACUUCGAGACGCGGGUCCGUAUGAGUCGACGAAACGCUGUUCCACGCCAGAUUACGGGUCAGAGAGUCUCGCGUAGUGUUAUCAAGGUGCGCUCGAGUUGCUUGAUUCGUCGCUGGAUCUCCAUAUCUACACCUGUUGUCGAGGUCGUGCUUAUGUGUCGAAAUCGCAGAAGGACAAUAUUUUAUAGUGGUAAUGAUAGUGCUCACUUGAUACCGGUAAUAUGCAUAGAAGAGCAAAUUGCUAUCUAG